GGGGUUACCAGAGGAGAGAGCAUAUCAUAUUAGUUACCCACCGGAGGCUUCUCCAAAGUCUUCUCCGUCCGUCGCAACUUUUUCUCCGUUCUUCACAGCAACGCGAUAAUGCUGCGGAAGUCUGUUCUCGAGCUGUCUUCGCGUUUGUCAAUAAAGAGAUUCCCAAGGAAUUUGGGAGCUCAGCAGAGGUUUCAUUUGAGUUCUUCGAGAAAGGCUUCUACAUCUGGCAAAAAUGGAGCUAAUCCCGUUGGAAAACCAAACGGUGAUCCACCAAAAGCGUCUCCUCCUCCUCCUCCUCCUGUGGGGAAACCAGAUGGCUCUAAAGGUAGUUCUUCAAAAGUUGUCAUAGGAGGCGUCGCGGUCGUUGGUGCCUUUCUGGUAGCAUAUCAGACUGGGUAUUUGGAUCAAUAUCUGGGGAAAGAAAAGCAGACCAUAAGCGAACCAGUUACUGAAAAUCUGGAGGAGGCUGAUCAUCUUAAUGUAGCUCCAGGUGUUGAAGAUUCUACUGGAAUUAGCUCGUCAAUGGAUAGUAAAGCUGAAACGCAACCUGAAGUUCCUCAUUCUGAAGCUUCUGCGGGAGUGCAGAGUGACAUAUUAGUGCAGCCCGAGUCUGAUGUAACACCUGAUCGUUAUACAUAUGUUUCUUCUAACCAAGAAGAGACGCCUCAAGAAAUUGCUACUGAUAGAACAGAGAAAAGCUCGCCUAUUUCUUCAGAUGAUAACUCUGCAUCUGAAGAUUCGAGUAAGUCUGACACGUCCACAGAGGCAGAAAAUGUGAGGUUGGAAGCUGUACCACAACCUGGGGAUAGUACUGUUGUUAGUGCCCAGCCUACUACGGUUGAUAGAGAAAGUGAUAUGGAAUCUGCCUCACCAAAGGAUCCUGCUACUGAAAAGGCACCUCAGGAUGACAUUGAGCGGGAAGUAGAAAUGCCAGGUUCUCUCCUUAAGGAAUACAAUCUAGAAGGCAGUAGUACUGAAAGCACUAGAUCCCUAUCAACUGGGGAGCAGCUGACUAAAGAAACUGAGGCUCUUCCUAACUCAAUUGAGGGGCUGAAAGAUGGUUACAUGACUGAAGAUAGAAAGUUGGUACUUGAUUUUCUCGAUGCCAUCCAUGAAGCUGAGAAGAGACAGGCACAUUCAGAUGACCAGUUUUAUGCUGAAAAAAUACGAGCCAUGAAGGAGAAGUACGAAAAUGAGUUGAGAGAUCUUAGAGCACGUGAAUUAAUGCGGAUAGAGGAGGCGGCAAUAUUGGAUAAGGAGCUAAAAAGAGAAAAAACAAAAGCUGCAGCUGCUAUCAAGGCAAUCCAAGAGAGAAUGGAAGAUAAGCUCAAAACGGAAAUUGAACAAAAGGAAACUGAAGCGCAGUUGGCUUUGAGUAAAGCUGAAGAAAUGGCAAAAGCUGAGUUGAUUUCGGCAAUUGUAAAAGAAAAGGCAGCACAAACUGAGAAGAUGGCAGAAGCAGAUCUUAAUAUAAAAGCGCUGUGUAUGGCAUUCUAUGCGCGCUCUGAAGAGGCUCGCCAAAGUCAUUCAGUUCACAAGCUUGCAUUGGGUGCACUUGCGCUUGAUGAUACACUUUCAAAAGGACUACCAGUCCAAAGAGAAAUCGAUAUGCUUCAGACUUAUCUUGAAGGAAUUCAUAAGAACUCAAUGUUAGACUUGGUGUUAUCAUCUCUUCCAGAAGAAGCACGAUCCAAUGGAACAGAUACAAUACUGCAGCUGAACCAGAAAUUCAAUACCUUGAAAGGAACACUUAGACACUUCAGUCUCAUUCCACCUGGUGGCGGAGGAAUCUUAGCACAUUCACUAGCACAUGUUGCAUCUUGGCUCAAGUUCAAGGAAGUGGAUCAAGCUAAUGGAGGCAUUGAAUCUGUAAUUAGAAAGGUUGAUGAUUACUUGGCCGAGGGAAAAAUAGCAGAAGCAGCAGCUGCACUUGAAGAAGGUGUUAAAGGAAGUAAAGCAGAGGAAAUAGUCGGUGAUUGGGUGACACGUGCAAGAAACAGAGCCAUUACAGAACAAGCUUUAACUCUUCUCCAAUCUUAUGCAACCUGUGCCAGUCUCACUUGAUCAGAUCAUCCCUCUCAUAAUCUCAUUAAAAGUUCUUUUUUGUUCGAUACUUACGAGGAUGUUUGUCGAUGGAGAAAACAUGCGUUGAGAAAAGAGGAAACUGCUAUAAAGCCCAAUAAAGCCCAUGAGGCCAUGUGCUUCUGCUUUCCCGACAUUAUUUCCACAAUUGUUUUUUCCGGCUUGAAAGAACAAUAAUAUAAUACAGUAUUUU